AUGGCGCUGCUGUGCCUGCUGGGGCUGACCUCCAGCCUGACAACGCGCGUCAACCUGUCGGUGGCCAUCGUGGACAUGGUCAACGAGACGGCCGUGCGGCAGCGGGACUCCAACGGCAGCGCCCUCGUCUUCUCCGACCCUGACGCCUGUCCGGGGGAGCUGGCGGUCAGGGGUCCUGGUGGUCGCAAAAAUGGUGACUUCGCGUGGGACAAGCAGAAGCAGGGCGAAAUCCUGGCCGCCUAUUACUAUGGCUAUGUAAUCGGACACUUCCCUGGCGGCAUGCUAGCAGAUUACUUUGGAGGGAAGAUAGUGUUCACAGUUGGCAUCUUUGUUUCGUCUCUGCUCUCUAUUCUUACUCCGGCUUCAGCGUGGGCUGGUGAUUACGUCCUGUUUGCCAACAGAGUCGCACAGGGGUUGGUCCAGGGAUGUACGGCGAUGUACGGUAUGGUGAUAUCGAUGGCAGCAACGGGCGCUCUAUGCUCGACGUCCGUAGGCUGGCCGCUGACCUCCUACGUGUUUGGCGGCGUCGCGCUACUAUGGUGCCUGCCAUGGUGGCUGCUGGCUGCCGACUCGCCGGCGCAACACAAGAACAUCGACCCGGCUGAGCGUCGAUACAUCGAGGCCACUAUACAAUCGAGUGCCAAGCAAAAACUGCCUGUGCCAUGGAGGAGCCUGCUGCCGACGCCAGUCACCUGGGCCCUGGUCGGCUACCUCAUGGCCUCGGACAUUGCUCUCUACCUGCUACUUUCUACGCUGCCGCUCUACAUCGCCGACAUCUUGCACUUUGACGUGGAAAGUCAAAAACUGCCUGUGCCAUGGAGGAGCCUGCUGCCGACGCCAGUCACCUGGGCCCUGGUCGGCUACCUCAUGGCCUCGGACAUUGCUCUCUACCUGCUACUUUCUACGCUGCCGCUCUACAUCGCCGACAUCUUGCACUUUGACGUGGAAAGUGUAAGUCUUCUGGGUCCCGCGGUGGCGCUGGUGGUGGUGGCGCUGGUGAGCUGCGACUCGGCCGCCAUCGUGGCGUUGCUGGGGUUCGGCGGCUUCUGCAUGGCCGCGCACUGCUCCGCCUUCUACAUGAACAUGCAGGCCAUAGCGCCCAACUUCGCCGGCACUCUCGUCGGCUUCGUCAACACCUUCGCCAACAUAUCGAGCAUCAUUGUCCCUUAUGUCGUCGGAGCUGUCACCAAUGAAAAUGUACGUGAUAUCAUUAUCACUUGUGGCAAGCAGAAGCAGCUUGACACCUGGUCCACAGUGUGGAAGUGA